AUGCCCAGGUCCUUCUUGGUGAAAAAACACUGGAGCAACCGAAUCCCCAACUAUGGCCAGUUGGAAUCUCAGAAAGAGAUAAAUGGGUCCUGCUACACCUGUGAGGGACUGGUCUUCCCCCUGCUCCUUCAGGACAGAGCAGCCCCUUCAGCAGCCAGCGAUGCUCCCAGCCUGUGGGACCGCAAAUCUGUUAUCGCAUGUAUCUCGCUGCCUCUCCCCUUAAAUGGGGAGGUUCGGGGAACCCCCAGCCCACAGCCUCUGGAAAUUAGCGUGGUAGACUCCCUAGAUGGCCGAGCUCCCAGCACCCCUCUCAAGGAUAGCCUGAACCAUCUCAACCUUUCCCCGUUGCUGGACAUGCCUAAGCAGUGGCCUCUUGAUUCCAGGCCAGAGGUAGACAAGGCUCCAGAUAAACUCCUUGGGGGUGGAGGCCCACAAGGUGGGAGCCCUCCACUGGGCUCUGUGGGCUGCUUUGAAUGCUUUGACUGCCAUAAGACCUACCACACGUUCUCCGGGCUCUCCAAACACCGGCAGCUGCGGUGUAAUCUGCAGGCCUGCCGUUUCUUCAACUGCAAGUAUUGUGACAAGGAGUACGCAAGCCUGGGGGCCCUCAAAAUGCACAUCCGCACACACACGCUGCCCUGUAUCUGCAAGAUCUGUGGCAAGGCCUUCUCUAGGCCCUGGCUCCUCCAAGGUCACAUCAGGACUCACACAGGUGAGAAGCCAUAUGCCUGUUCUCACUGCAGUCGGGCCUUCGCUGACCGCUCUAACCUUCGGGCCCACCUGCAGACCCACUCAGACAUCAAGAAAUACCAGUGUAAGAGUUGCACCAAAACCUUCUCCCGCAUGUCCUUGUUAACCCGACACAAGGAAGCAGGCAGCUGCCCAGCCUCCUGAUGGCCACGGAAGUGAGAGGAGGAGGGGACCCGACCUGGAACACCCAGAGUUGUGGGGUCACUCUUGGAAGUCCCUGGGUGACUGCACCACCAGCAGAACUGCAUUGCAGAUUAUGGCAAGGACCUGGGCUCUCAGCAGUCCCUCUUUCCUUUUCCAUUUGGAGCUAAUCUAUCCAAGCAAAGUGCUUGUCAGUGCAGCUCUCCACUCGCCUUGGGUCCCUCCUCUGUGCCUCCCACUUCACUCUGUCCCACAUUGAGGCCUUGCUCCUGGCUGAGGGAAGAGCAUGCAAAGCGAGAAGUCAUGUCCUCUGGUUACAGACUGAAGCGCUCUGUUCUAUUCUUCAAGAGUUGGGGCGUGGUAGGAUUUAGAGAGAAGCUGCUAAGCCAAAGAUCAUUAGGAUAUCCUUCUCUAUGCUGAUGGAACUAGAGCCCUUUCCAAUCAGUGACUGGACAAAGCUCUGACUUAGGCACAUGCAGCUUUGCAGACCAGACUGAGGUUUUACCCAGGGCUAGUGGCAUGCUCUAGUGUCUAGGAAACCGUUGUAAGCAUUAGCAAACCUAAGCUCUGGGCUUGUUUCUGACAAUGUGGGG